GGUAGGAAUGGGCUGUCCCUCUUUCCUCUCUGCCUCUUUCCUUCUCUCUCUUUCUCGCCCUCCCCUGCAUGCAUUCAGCUGCUCCAGCUGUCGAUCUGCCCACUCACUCUCUCAGGGCCAUAGAGGCAGGAGCAGGACAGAUAGAGGGACCACUUCUGCUCUCCACACUCACACCACAUCAGGGACCAACACCGCCAGGGGACUAGAACAGCACUACACGGACUCAAACCAGGGACCUGAAGAUCACAGGAAGAAGACGAAUUCACACAAAGGAAGAAGACUUGCCUAUACCGCUGCGCUGCUCUGAGCACCACAACAAGCCGGCAGCUUCUCUCGUCCUGACCGGAGGCACCGCUACCUGUGUGACCCGCCGGCUGUGCCAGGGUGUGUGUUUACGUGUGUGAUCCGGUCCUAUCUGCCAGUCAGUCCGUGAGCAUGCAGGGCGUGUGUGCGGCGAUCCUGUGUGUGUCUGUGUUCCUCCGCAGUGCUAUUUCACAGCCACCUACAGAAAGUGACACCUACACGGAAUGCACAGAUGGGUAUCAAUGGGAUCCUCAGACUCAGCACUGCAAAGACAUAAACGAGUGUGAGACCAUUCCGGAGGCCUGUAAGGGGGAGAUGAAGUGCUUCAACCACUACGGGGGCUACCUGUGCCUCCCCCGUUCUGCCUCAGUCAUCCCAGCUCCAGACCCUCCCAGCCAGCCUGGGACCAACCUGGAGAGCACCGCCAGAGAGCCCUUCAACCCCUGUCCUCUGGGCUAUGAGCCCCAGGGAGACAGCUGUGUGGAUGUGAAUGAGUGUGAGAGAGAUGAACACGACUGCCAGCCCAGCCAGCAGUGCAUCAACACGCCGGGAGCCUUUACCUGCCAGUGUCCUGAGGGUUACCGUAAGGUUGGCACCGAGUGCAUCGACAUUGACGAGUGCAGAUACAGGUACUGUCAGCAUCGCUGUGUCAACGUCCCCGGCUCCUUCUCCUGUCAGUGUGAACCAGGCUUCCAGCUGGCCGGCAACAACCGCUCCUGUAUUGAUGUGAAUGAGUGUGACAUGGGCGCCCCCUGUCAGCAGCGGUGUUAUAACACCUACGGUACCUUCCUCUGUCGCUGUGACCAGGGCUACGAGCUUGGGCCUGAUGGCUUUGCCUGCAAUGACAUAGACGAGUGCAGCUACUCUAGUUACCUGUGUCAGUUCCAGUGUGUCAAUGAGCCCGGGAAGUUCUCCUGUCAGUGCCCAGAAGGCUACCAGCUGCUGGGCACUCGACUAUGCCAGGAUAUAAACGAGUGUGAGACCGGAGAGCACCAAUGUACUGAAGGACAGACAUGUGUGAAUAUCCACGGUGCCAGUCAGUGUGUGGACACCAACCGUUGCCAGAGCCCUUACGUCCAAGUAUCUGACAAUCGCUGUGUUUGUCCUGUGACCAAGCCGGCCUGUCGAGACCUACCCUUCUCUAUCGUCCAGCGCUACAUGAGCAUCACGUCGGAGCGCUCCGUCCCCUCAGACAUCUUCCAGAUCCAGGCCACCAGCGUCUACCCCGGAGCCUACAACACCUUCCGUAUCCGCUCUGGAGACCACGACGGAGACUUCUACAUCAGACAAAUCAACAACAUCAGCGCCAUGCUGGUUUUAGCCCGGGCCGUGACGGGGCCCCAGGAGUACACACUGGACCUGGAGAUGGUGUCAGUCAACCCCCUCCUGAGCUACCAGACCAGCUCGGCUCUGCGACUUUCAAUCUACGUAGGGCCUUAUGCAUUCUAGAGGGAGGACAGAGAGUCAGAGACAGACAGGGGGAUACAUACAGUAGAGAUACAAGAGAGGAGAAAUAGGACACACAGAACAAUCUAGAAUUGAAAGGGGUCAGAAACAGAACAGUCAGAUAUUGUGACAUGAUGUCAGACGUUUGUUAGCUUCUCCUACUUCAUGACCUGCAAAGGAAACACACAACUCAAAUCACAACCCUCUGGGAAAGCUGAGAUAGAGUGAGGUAAAGAGACAUUUCUAAAAAUGAAUACUUUAUGGAUAACGUGUGACUGAUAAACAUCAAUACGACGAAGUGAAUUUUCCCCCAGCCCACACACCGUCCAUUUUUGUUCCCUGCCUCUUAGCUGAAGUCUCCUGAAGUAUAUUUUUCGACUGCUCCACGCUGCUCAUUUGUCAUGGUCCUUUGAGCCGAAUAGGGACAGUUGCCCUAGUAACCUUUAGUACGAACCCCUGUCAUGUUUCAGAAACACCCUGCAAUUGAAGAUAAAGAGCAACACGUUAUUUCAUCAUUCUCAUCCCGUCUCUGUCAUUCUCUUGCUUUGAGCAGGCCCAUUCUCACGCCUGUGUUUUCAUGCUACUCUCAUUCCUCAGCCUUUCAAUCCUUAUCGUCCGUGGACACGACUCAAUAACCACUCAGAUCCAACCUCCUCAUCCACCCUGUCUCUCAUGCAUCCAUCUCUCGCCUAAAUCAUAGCUAGUAUUAGUGCUGAAGCUCUCACACACUCACUCACUCAUCAUUUGUAGAUUUGUCACAUUAAUGAUUUUGUUGUAAUUUUGGUCCAGGAAGCUGAUACAAAAUAAAACGAUAUACAUUUUAA